CUUUCCCCCCUCGCCCUGCCGGAAGUGAUUCAGCUUUCUCUCGAGUUUCCGAGGCGGACGCUGGACAGAGGCAGGAGUCGUUGUAGCGCUCGGGAAUGACGUGCUGGAUUCCAGACUGAUGGCGUCGGGCACAGCGAGCCGCUCUGAAGAUGAAGAGUCUCUGGCAGGACAGAAAAGGAGCUCAUCUCAGGUGUCGGGUGCCAUUCCAAAACGACGCAGUUCAUCCAGGUUCAUCAAGCGGAAGAAGUUUGAUGAUGAACUGGUAGAGAGCAGCCUCGCCAAAUCAUCCAGCCGGGCCAAGGGCCCAAGUGGGGUUGAGCCUGGGCGCUGCUCUGGCAGUGAGCCCUCUUCCAGUGAGAAGAAGAAGGUAUCCAAAUCCAUCUCUGCCCCUGUCACUCCGAGCCCAGCUCCAAAUCCCAGCCUCGCCAAGCGGAUGAAGAAGAGCAAGCAGCCCUUGCAGGUGACCAAGGAUUUGGGCCGAUGGAAACCCACUGACGAUCUGUUGCUGAUCAACGCCGUGCUUCAGACAAAUGACCUAACAUCUGUGCAUCUGGGGGUGAAGUUUAGCUGUCGGUUUAACCUGCGGGAAAUCCAGGAGAGGUGGUAUGCUUUGCUGUAUGACCCUGUGAUCUCCAAGCUGUCCUGUCAGGCUAUGCGGCAGCUGCAUCCUGAAGCCAUUGCUUCCAUGCAGAGUAAAGUGCUCUUCAGCAAAGCAGAGGAACAGCUGCUAAGCAAAGUUGGAUCAACCAGCCAGCCCACUCUCGAUACCUUCCAGGACCUGCUGCACAAACACCCAGAGGUUUUCUACCCCUCACGCACUGCCAAGGUCCUGCAAACUCAUUGGCAACUCAUGAAGCAGUAUUACCUCCUGGAUGACCAAACUGUGCAGCCACUGCCCAAAGGGGACCAGGUGCUGAAUUUCUCUGAUGCUGAAGACAUGAUAGAUGACAGCAAACUAAAGGAUGUACGAGAUGAGGUGUUGGAGCAUGAACUGACUGUGGCUGACCGGAGGCAGAAGCGUGAAAUCCGGCAGCUGGAACAAGAGCUGCACAAGUGGCAGGUGCUGGUGGACAGCAUAACAGGAAUGAGCUCCCCUGAUUUUGAUAACCAGACAUUGGCUGUGUUGCGUGGGAGGAUGGUGCGUUACCUGAUGCGCUCCCGAGAAAUCACGCUUGGCAGAGCCACCAAAGACAAUCAGAUUGAUGUGGACCUAGCUUUGGAGGGGCCAGCCUGGAAAAUAUCCCGCAAACAAGGUGUCAUCAAACUGAAGAACAAUGGCGACUUCUUCCUGGCCAAUGAAGGCCGACGGCCCAUUUAUGUUGAUGGGCGCCCUGUGCUCUGCGGCAGCAAAUGGAAGCUCAGCAACAACUCGGUGGUAGAGAUUGCCAGUCUGCGCUUUGUCUUCCUUAUCAACCAGGACCUGAUUGCGCUUAUCAAGGCAGAGGCUGCCAAAAUUGCCCAGCCCUGAGGUUUGGAUUAAGCUAAAGGCAUCUUUGGACCUGUGUGUGGGUUUCUCCACCCCAUUCCCUCUGCCAGCAGGGAUCUCCAUGCUCUCUGCUGCUCAUGCAGCUUCCUAGGGCCUGCCUUGCCCUCAGACUGGACUGAAACUUCUCAGUGGCCUUUCUCUUGUGGAAAGAUGGGUCCUGUCUCCUCACUCAGCCGCUGUGUGUGAGAGAGGUGUGAAUGGAGACCUCUGGACAACGAAAGCGGCUUGGGCUAUGUGGGAAGGCGCCUCACCACCUUUACUGACUACAGUAGUGGGGGCUUGGAAGUCUUUGGGACAGAAGAGUGAAGCGAUUUUCCAGGAAGGAGAGGUGGGCUGAGAGUAAGUAGCAAGUCAGCAAAUAAAACUGUUAGUCUCGCUCAGUUUUGCAGUGGUGCCCCUGUUUCUGUACAUGACCACUUUUCAGAUCUUGUUAAAAAUAGUUUUAGUGCUGGGGUGUGUGUGGAAAUUCUCUUUGGAUUUGAAGCAAAGGGUCUUAACAAGA